AUGAAAUCUGACUGCGGAUUGUUCUCAUGCAAUGUCAGCAAUGAAAUAAGUUGGCGAGAAGCUUCUCUCAACUUUACUAUUGAAGAUAAGUGUUCAGUCAUCACUGGCCUUCAUCCUUCACUGUGGCCCGCCUUGCAUUGUUCCAGUAUUGCAUUGGCCUUGUCAUGCAUUGCCAUUGUGAGCUUCUGCCUAUUCCUGCCAAGUAAAAUGAUGAAAGGAGAACUGUGGAGAGCUCUCACUGUUUUCCAGCAAGGAGCGGUGUGUUUGUCUUCUUUGCUGCUUUUAGUCACUGGUUUCCUCUGGAUAGAAGAGAAAGGUCCCAGUGUACAUCUUAUCCUGGUCCUUUCCCUUCUUUUUUUGGUUAUACCUGUGACAUUCACCGUAGCUGCAAUACUGGCCAUUCACCCUCCAAAGAUCAAAAAGAUAAUGAAAAAGAAAGUUUACCAGGUGAUCCUGGAUUUCACUGCUCCUGGAGGAGCCUUGGUAAUGAUACCGUUCUCCAUAUUCUUCAUAGAUAUUAUCCUCCAGCUUCAAGGCCAAGGCUGCUCACAGCCCAAAAAUCCAUUUGUCGGCGUGGCAGUCCCAGCUGGAAUCAGCUUCCUUAUUCUACUCUCGCUCUUUGGCUGGUAUCACCUCAAGAAAGAAAACAGGAAGGGAGCUGGAAGCCCUUCCCCAGAAAAAGGGGAAAAUGAAGAAAACCAGAACAUGGUUUCAGGAUAUUUGAUAGAUUUUUGUGUAUUAAAUUAUGACUAUUUAGUCAAUAUGUGCCUUGAUGUACCCAAUAUUCACAAGCCAGAGCAACAGAGUCAGAGAAGUGGAAACUCAAGUCCAGUUGCCCUGAGUCUUCUGAGACCCAUCUUGAUAUCACACAAGCAGAAUAAUGAUCAAGCAGCUGAUAUGAAUGCCAUAGGAACAUUCUCCGUGAUCCAACCCCGAGCGAUUGACCGCCCUGACCACACUGUCCCAGCUGUCUCUUCUGGGGUAAAGGUCUGUUUGCAGAUUUUGGCUUUCACUCCAUCCUUCUCCUUCCCCACUUCUGCAACCCUGGCAACUAGUUUGGGUCAGAGAAUCAGCUUCUCCACAGAAUAUGCUCCUUCCCAGAUUAGCUCCUCUGCCUCCUGCCAUAUCCAGGUGGAUUAUUCCACCGAUCCUCCAGAGACAAAGGGUACGUGGGAGCAGGGGUUGAUGGAGUUGAAGGAGAUGGACCCAGGGAGGACUUUGAAUUCUGACCUGGUUUUGAUUUUUGUGAUUUAA